AUGGAUACAAGCUUUCAAGUCCUUUCCCCAAGCCUCCAGCCUCCAUUCACCUGCGCCCUUGUAACCGGGGGUGGAGGCGGCAUCGGCAAAGCACUUUCCUCGUACCUGAUCUCCAAGGGAAUCAAGGUGAUCAUAGCCGGCCGCAUAGAAUCAAACUUGCAGACGACAGCGCAUGAGAUUGGAGCAGCAGACUACUACAUCCUCGACACAGGUAACACGGCCUCUAUCCCCGCUUUCAUCUUACGGGUAAUGACCGUGCACCCGGAGCGGGACUGCCUCAUCAACAACGCGGGCGUGCAACGACCACUAGAGAUCUUCAAGACUCCAACAUCAGACUUCCUCCAGAAGGCAGACUAA